AUGCUGUCUUUCCAGUACCCCGACGUGUACCGCGACGAGACCGCUGUACAGGAUUAUCAUGGGCAUAAAAUCUGUGACCCUUACGCUUGGCUUGAAGACCCAGACAGCGAGCAGACGAAGGCUUUCGUGGAGGCCCAGAACAAGAUUACCGUGCCAUUUCUUGAGCAGUGUCCUAUCAGAGGUUUAUACAAAGAGAGAAUGACUGAAUUGUAUGACUAUCCCAAGUAUAGCUGCCACUUCAAGAAAGGGAAAAGGUAUUUCUAUUUUUAUAAUACAGGUUUGCAGAACCAACGAGUGUUAUAUGUACAGGAUUCUUUAGAGGGUGAAGCCAGAGUGUUCCUCGACCCCAACAUACUCUCCGAUGAUGGCACAGUGGCACUCCGAGGCUAUGCAUUCAGUGAAGAUGGUGAAUAUUUUGCCUAUGGUCUGAGUGCCAGUGGCUCUGACUGGGUGACCAUCAAGUUCAUGAAAGUCGAUGGUGCCAAAGAGCUUCCAGAUGUGCUUGAAAGAGUCAAGUUCAGUUGUAUGGCCUGGACCCAUGACGGGAAGGGGAUGUUCUACAACGCAUACCCGCAGCAGGAUGGGAAAAGUGAUGGCACAGAAACAUCCACCAAUCUCCACCAAAAGCUCUGCUACCAUGUGUUGGGGACUGAUCAGUCAGAAGAUAUUUUGUGUGCUGAGUUUCCUGAUGAGCCUAAGUGGAUGGGUGGAGCUGAGUUAUCUGACGACGGUCGCUAUGUCUUAUUGUCGAUAAGGGAGGGAUGCGAUCCUGUAAACAGACUCUGGUACUGUGACCUCCGGCAGGAGCCCAACGGCAUCACUGGAAUCCUGAAGUGGGUGAAGCUGAUCGACAACUUCGAAGGGGAGUAUGACUACGUGACCAACGAGGGCACCGUUUUCACCUUCAAGACAAACCGCCAUUCUCCGAACUACCGCCUGAUCAACAUUGACUUCACGGACCCCGAGGAGUCCAGGUGGAAGGUGCUGGUUCCUGAGCACGAGAAAGAUGUCUUAGAGUGGGUAGCCUGCGUCAGGUCCAGCUUCUUGGUGCUGUGCUACCUGCAUGAUGUGAAGAACACCCUGCAACUUCACGACCUGGCCACUGGUGCUCUCCUCAAGACCUUCCCCCUGGAGGUCGGCAGCGUCGUGGGCUACAGCGGUCAGAAGAAGGACACCGAAAUCUUCUAUCAGUUUACUUCCUUUCUAUCUCCAGGUAUCAUUUAUCACUGUGAUCUGACCAAAGAGGAACUGGAGCCCAGAGUCUUCCGAGAGGUGACUGUGAAAGGAAUCGACGCUUCCGAUUACCAGACAGUCCAGAUUUUCUACCCUAGCAAGGAUGGCACAAAGAUUCCGAUGUUCAUCGUGCAUAAAAAGGGCAUAAAAUUGGAUGGUUCUCACCCUGCCUUCCUAUAUGGCUAUGGGGGCUUCAACAUAUCUAUCACACCCAACUACAGUGUGUCCAGGCUCAUCUUCGUGAGACACAUGGGUGGCGUCCUUGCAGUGGCCAACAUCAGAGGAGGUGGCGAAUACGGAGAGACAUGGCAUAAAGGUGGCAUCUUGGCCAACAAACAAAACUGCUUUGAUGACUUCCAGUGUGCUGCUGAAUACCUUAUCAAGGAAGGUUACACGUCUCCCAAGAGGCUGACUAUUAAUGGAGGUUCAAAUGGAGGCCUCUUAGUAGCUACCUGUGCCAAUCAGCGUCCUGACCUCUUUGGUUGUGUUAUUGCCCAAGUUGGAGUAAUGGACAUGCUGAAGUUCCAUAAAUACACCAUUGGUCAUGCCUGGACCACUGAUUAUGGCUGCUCAGACAACAAACAACAUUUUGAAUGGCUUAUCAAAUACUCUCCACUGCACAACGUGAAGCUGCCGGAGGCAGACGACAUCCAGUACCCGUCCAUGCUUCUCCUCACCGCAGACCACGAUGACCGCGUGGUCCCGCUUCACUCCCUCAAGUUCAUCGCCACCCUUCAGCACCUCGUGGGCCGCAGCCGGAAGCAGAACAACCCCCUGCUCAUCCACGUGGACACCAAGGCGGGCCAUGGGGCCGGGAAGCCCACGGCCAAAGUGAUAGAAGAAGUCUCAGACAUGUUUGCAUUCAUAGCACGCUGCCUGAACAUCGACUGGAUUCAGUAA